CACACUUCCAUUUUAAUAGCUACAGCUGCAUUGACGGUUUCGGCAUUUCCGUUUUCUCCUUCCUUCUUGUCUUUCUUCACGUCUUCAGCAGCGCUUGCAGUGUCCAUCGGUCGUUUUCUAUCAGUAAGCGGUGGACGCACAUCAGGCAAACGCUCUAACCCUAAUACCGGACAACAUUUACAUCAGAAUUCUUGCGCAGAAAUAUACGAUGAGAUGAAAAGAUAUUUUGAAAGUAACCUUAUACAACUGAUUGAAGGCUAUUAGACGAAGAGCAUGCUGAGCACUAGCAGUGAUUGCUUCUCUCUGUUGUCCAGUGAGGGGCGCCAAGACGUCUACCGCUUCUUUUUCACAUGGAUCACCAAUGCCUGGACCAGUUUUGAGGAGUACACCACUCGCGACAGCUUCAAAGACUCGCCGUAAAGCAUCACCCACGGAAAGAGGAGCCAAGCAUGACGACAGCACCUUCUCGACAAGCAGUUCGCACAUCCAAUCUGUUAGGGCUCUCCACGAUUCAAUCCUUGCUCGGAUAUCACGUAGAAUACGGAGCGUGACCUGGCAAGACUGUAGGUAGAUGCACCUAGCCUGGAACCACUUAGCGUGGCGUAGCUGAGCCAGUGCUUUGAGGCAAGCCUCUUUGUCUAGAGCAUCUCCAGGGGGCGGGAGAGGCGCUGCGUCUCCAGUUGCAUCCUCUCUAAACUCGCGAGAUGUUAAAGUGAUCCGACACUGCAUCGGUACAGAACUCUGACGAAGAAUCAUUGAUGCGCUUGACUCCUCCAAUGAAAUUUCAACUGUCGAUCCUUCGGGCUUCUCAUAGUGAACAGGUAUCAGAGAUGCCACUUCUUUCAACAACGACAAGCCGGGAAUACGCGAACAGAGCACAACCAAAUGAACCUCAGUAUCGUCCUUGAGAAGCAACCCUUUCGAUAACAUUCCAACCCGCAUUACUCCUUUAAGAAGGCGAUCCUUUUCUGGUGUAGCGGUUUCCUUGGAUUUCACUCCUUCUUCAGCAGCCGAUUUUAUGAUCACUGGCUUAGUCUCGGGCUGAUCACGUUCAUUGAAGUAAUCCGACACUUUUUUCAGAGCCUUUUCUGUUUCUGUCACAAGACUUUCAAUGACAGUCAGUUGGUCGUCAUUUGGAUAGAUUGAAGUAUGCUUCGCCUGAACGUGCCGAUCGUCUGUGCUUUCGAAACGUCGGCCGUCAAUUGGGCCAUUGCCAAACCAUGGACCACGCAUCCCUGGUCCGCCUGGCGCAAAUGGUCCAAUGCUGCGAGGUAAAGGUACACCUGCAGGUGGUGGUAAAGGACCGCCACGAGGUAACAUUGCUCCUAUCGGACCACGACCACGCUCAUAUUUAGCUCCUCUUCUGUUUGUCGCCUGUUUAACUUCUACCUCCAAAUUUGGAUCGACCUUCAUUUUGUACUGCAGCCGAUGUCUGCGACCUUUGAGAUGAAUUUCUUUCGCAUUAGGAUCACUAAACUUGCAAUCGCACAGCUUGCAGAGAUACUGAAGGAGUUUUCCGGUUGCGUCGCGUUGAGCUUCCACAAAUUCUUCACCGACUGGCUUCAAACUUUGCUCAGCGGCAAUAAGAGCCUGCAGCUCUUCUGUUUGUCCUUUGAUUGCUUGCGCAGUAGGUUCUUCCGCGGAUUUCACACCGGCACUGCCUACCGCGUGCAUAACUUGUUGCUUUUUUGCUUCGAGCUGUCCAGCAGUUGAUGAAAGUUUUGCUCCUCCAACAAAAUUAACAGUAGAGAUCCCCGCAACCCUUUUCACUGAAGAAUUCGCGGUUGAGGCAGGAGCUGCAGCAGAGGUACUUGGAGGUGGAGGAAUGACACCACCCAUCUCCGAUGGCGGAAUGAUGGUAGGUUCCGUAGAUGGUAUAGGCUUGCCCAAUUUUUUGCAGAGGGUUAAUGUUUUCUGAUGCUUAGCGCCGCGUACGUGAGCAUUAUAGGUAUCCUGGCCUGUACAAGUGACGUUGCAGAGAUCACAGCGGAAAGAUACCUUGCUCUUGGGCAAACUUGGAUUAUUCUCUCCUUUUGCCAGAGCUUCUUUCUUCUUGUGACGCUGACCCUCCAAAUGUUCCUUGUAUGUAAGUUGACCAGCACAUGAGAUCUUGCACACCUCGCAGUAAAACUGCUGCGCUUCUCUCUGCGCUCCACCACUCGCACCGAAACGUUUAUUGGCGAAACCGCCACCUCGCCCACCACCAGCUAA